CCUGUGGCCUAAGUAGUGGCUCAGCGUACUCCAUAUCUUCCUGCCCUUGGCUUAAUAGUGGGUGCAAUUCAUUCGUGACCAUUUAGUAGAAUCUAACAUUUUAGAAGAAAACUCUCUUUGGCUGAGACAACAAAGGAGGAAAGGGCAUGGCUGCACAAGCUCUGAUAUCGUCAUCAUCUCUCACCUUCUCAGCCGAGGCUGCCAGACAGAGUCUUGGAGCAAGAUCACUCCAAUCUCCUACUGGGUUCUCCAGAAAAGGCUCCUUUAUUGUCAAGGCAGCUUCUACUCCCCCUGUUAAGCAAGGAGCAGAUAGACAAUUGUGGUUUGCAUCAAAGCAGAGUCUUUCUUACUUGGAUGGAAGCCUUCCCGGUGACUUUGGAUUUGACCCUUUGGGACUUUCAGACCCUGAGGGAACAGGAGGGUUCAUUGAGCCCAGAUGGCUAGCAUAUGGUGAGAUCAUCAAUGGUCGUUUUGCAAUGUUGGGUGCAGUUGGUGCUAUAGCACCUGAAAUUCUUGGCAAGGCUGGUCUGAUUCCUGAGGAAACAGCCCUCCCAUGGUUCAGAACUGGUGUAAUUCCACCUGCAGGAACAUACAACUACUGGGCAGACCCUUACACGCUCUUUGUGUUGGAGAUGGCACUUAUGGGAUUUGCAGAGCACAGGAGAUUCCAAGAUUGGGCCAAACCUGGCUCUAUGGGCAAGCAGUACUUCUUAGGACUAGAAAAAGGUCUAGGAGGUUCUGGCGACCCAGCUUACCCUGGAGGACCUUUCUUUAACCCUCUUGGUUUUGGUAAGGAUGAGAAAUCCAUGAAGGAUUUGAAGCUCAAGGAAGUGAAGAAUGGGAGGUUGGCUAUGUUGGCAGUCUUGGGUUACUUUAUUCAAGGUCUUGUGACAGGAGUUGGGCCAUACCAAAACCUCCUAGAUCAUCUUGCUGAUCCCGUGAACAACAACGUCUUGACCAGUCUCAAGUUCCACUAAAUGUAUUAUAUGUUGUUGUUUGCCAUUACCAAAAGUCAACCGUCUUUUGUAUAUCUCUUCACUCUUUGGGACUGUAGCAUCAUGUGAAACAUUUUAUUCCUUGGUGUAAGAAAAGACAUGUAAAACUGGAAAUAUUCGGCUUCUUGUGUUAA